CACAAUAACAACUUCCUCCUUACUCCUCUCCAAAUAAUCAGAUUCAAGGAUACUCCUUGUCUAUCUCACCCGUUUACUUUAACACCUUUCUACUCUUAUCAUCAUGGGUAGGUGAGCUUAUGUGUUUGACUUUCUUGCUUUCUGUUUCAUCAUAUUCGUUGAUGGUUGUGUGUGUUUGUGUGAUGGUCUUAGUGCCCAGCGGGGUAAAUUCAAUGGCGGGGUUCAUGAUUAUCCAUGACCCAUGACUUCCCACUGCCUGCCUUCGGACAUCGCGGCUUUUUUAUUUUUUUUGUCUCUGCUAGUCAUCAUGGAUGACUUGUCAGCCACGUUUGCUAAAUAUCGCUCGUCUCUUUACAGGUUCCGACCACGGUUGCAGCUGCGGUGCCUCUUGCCAGUGCCCUGCCGGCCAGUGCAAGUGCCCGGUAUGUUCACCUGCAUCCCUUUCAGGUUAAAUGAUGAUAUACCCGAAUCUGGCAGGCUGACAUCUUUGAACCCCCUCAAGAAAUAAAUUAGGUGCGGAGUUGAGCUCUGCGGUGAACAAGUCAAGAUGGAUCUGGUCCACGGUUCGGAGGGCCUUUCCUAGUUCCAUGUACAUAUUAGAUCGAUAAGAUCUAUGGCCAUACAAAGAUC